GUGGCUUUGAAAAGGAUCGGUUACAGCCCGCUCAGCCCAGCCUAAGGCGUGAGGUGAACGGCCAUAAUGAGGAUGGAAAUGAGCUACAGACGACGCCGGAGUUCAGAGCACAUGUUGCAAAGAAGCUGGGAGCAAUGCUGGAUGGUUUCAUCAUGGUCUUGAAGGAGUCAUCAGGACCUUCACAAACAUCUGUGCAACAGCCUGACCCUGGAGAUGAUGGUUUUUGCCUCUUCUCUUCCUCUAUCCCAGGAGACUGUGGGAAACCAGAGCCUGGCCCUGCAGCAAGGAGGAGACAGCCAUCUAGCUCCAGUGACACUGACAGCGACCAAGAGUGGCAAAAGUACCAGCAAGUUGCUGUGUCAGCUGCAGACAUUCUGAACCAAAGUGCUUUUCCUGCACUCUCCCAGGAUUCCAGCCAGGAUCAGAGUCAGGGUUAUGUAGAGCAUAGCCAGAAGAAGAAAAAGAAAAUUAGGAGAGAGAACAAUAUUCAAGAGAAAAUAAUAGACCCAGCAGAGUGUGACCAGAUCAGCAAAGAUUUGCCACAAUUGCUGUCUGCAAAUGGACAGCGUGAGAGACAGGACAGCAAUCAUACAGAGAACUCGGUGUUGCCAGGAGCUAUGAAGAAGAAAAAGAAGAAGAAAAAAAGAGAAUGA